AUGUCUGAAAAUACCCCAUUGCUAUCAAGCAACAAUGAACGUCCCUCAAAGCCAACAUGGAAACGCUACCGUCUAGAUGUAUAUAUUCCAAUGGUUCUAAUUGCAAGUUUCAUCUUUGCAGCCUUUCUCACUUUUGCUCUAAGAGUCAAACCGCAAUUAGGCGAUAUAGUUGCCCAAGGUACUGAUUUUGAUUCAGAUGAGAUUAAGUUUUUGGGCGUGGAAGAUGAUGGUGGCAUACUUCUGGAAGUGAAGGGAGCAAACUAUAAUAAUUACAGUCGUAUUGAGGAUCCUAUAAGUAGGGCUUACUUCAGAUUUGGGGGAUUUACAAUUCGGAAGCUAAACCUCGCUGUUGACGACCUGGAGAUGGUGGUUUUUGAUGAAUCCAAAGGAGAUUACAAGAAGAUGGGCACUGUGCAAAUCGCUCCAUUUAGAGUGAGAAUAACCGAUAUGACGCAAUCCGAUCUGGCACUAUUUGUUAAAGUAUACCCCAAAGCUGAAGGCGUUCUGGGUGUGAUCAAGAGAAUUAUACUCUCGGGCGACGCAACGUUACGACUUCAGGGAAAUGCAAGCGUAAAGAUACUUGUUUUGAAUGGGUACAUUCCGGUGUCCAAUCUUAUUAUACCUUUGGAUUUACUUAUAUGA